AUGCCACCCUCAACGGCUUCUAUUUAUCGUGAUAUUGAGCCUGAAGUCGACUUGGAACCGAGAUCUCAACCCGAAAACGGACCUGAUUCCGACGCAACGGUUUACACCGUCCACAGGCGGCCCAAUAUGAGUUCCGAAACCCGCAAGAAGUUUAUCAACUAUCCUCUCCCGAUUCCCGGGUCGUUCAUCUGGAGCAACGCGGGCUUUGGAAGUCUGAGAAAGAUUCGCAAGCAUAUUGAAGAUGCCGAACCCCGAUACGAUCCAACCGUUCUGCCACUGCCAAUGGACGAAGCCAAAGACCCGGCGGUUCUCCACCGUGAAAGCGCAGUCAAGGCGAAGCCACACCCCUUGAAAUACUACUCCGUGAACGACUAUCAUGAGAUGUACCUUUCAGGCGUAGUCACGCCACUUGCUGUAGCCCGCGCUAUCCUCCCAUUGAUUCGGCGCGAUACGAAUCCACCCGGCGAGCACUCCAUUGCGUGGUUUGAUACCAAAGUCUCACAGGUUCUGGCUGCUGCCGAGGCAUCUACCAAGCGAUAUAAGGAGGGGCGGUCCCUGGGUCCUUUAGACGGUGUGCCGACGGCAGUCAAAGAUGAAUACGAAAUCGACGGUUACCGAACUUGCCUUGGGUCUAGGAACGACUACACGACCCCAGCGGCGCCGGGCCAGUCAAUCACUAGCUGGUGUGUGAAGAAGUUGGAGGAUGCUGGCGCUGUCGUGCUCGGAAAGCUGUCUAUGCACGAAUUUGGACUUGAUACGACUGGAAACAAUCCCAUCUACGGAACACCGCGAAAUCCCUACAACCGUGGCUAUUACACCGGUGGUAGCUCAUCGGGAGCUGGUUAUGCAGUUGCGACUGGUCUAGUCCCUGUGGCCCUCGGUAGCGACGGCGGCGGCAGUAUUCGCAUUCCCUCUUCCAUGUGCGGCGUCUACGGUCUGAAGCCUACCCACGGUCGCAUCUCUUUCCACCCGUGCCCGAAUCACAGCAACAGCUGCGCUGUUAAUGGCCCCAUAGCCGCUGAUAUCGAGUCUCUGGCGACUUACUUUGAGACCAUCGGUGCGCCGCACCCCGACUCUCAGUUCAUCCAGGCAUCUCCCUUUAUCCUGUCACCCAGCGAGAAGCGCGGCAAGGUCCUCGGUAUCCCCGAGGCGUGGUUUGCGCAGGCAGACCCGGCUAUCCAGCGCAUGUGCCGUACCAUGAUCGCGAAGCUCGUGACUCACCACGGAUACGUCACCGUCCCCAUCGACAUUCCCUUCCUAGUCGAGGGCCAAUUUGCCCACGCCAUGACAGUCCUCACCGACGGCGCAACCCUCCUGCCGGAAACCAAGAACCUGACGCACGCGAACCGCAUCCUCCUCGCCAUCGGGCGCGUCACCUCUGCCAUGGACUACCUCCUCGCACAGAAACUCCGCGGCCUCCUCAUGCAGCACCUGGCCCAUCUCUGGCGCAUGUACCCGGGCAUGAUCAUCGUCACGCCCACGACCUCGUGCGCGGGCUGGCCCAUCAUGAACGAGGGCGAGCUGACCCACGGCGUCAGCGACGGCGACCGCACCAUCAGGUCGAUGGAGUACGUCUGGAUGGGCAACUUUUGCGGGCUCCCGGGCGUUACGGUGCCGGCGGGCUACGUGGUGCCGCAUGACCAACUCGGCGCCGGCGGCGAGGCCGGGCCCGACACCGUCGGCAAAGUACCCAUCGGACUCAUGGGCAUGGGCGAGUGGACGGACGAGCACAGCCUGCUCGAGUUUGGGCUCGAUGCCGAGGAGUUGUUUGCGAAGGAGAGGUGCAGGCCGCCCAACUGGAUCGACGUCAUUCAGCGGGCCAAGGACGACAUGGCUAAGAAUGGGGAAGAUAGCUUGAUAGACCUUUAG